AUGUUUCGAUGGUCGCCCCUUUGGCGCCAUGGGCGAGGAAACUCGCCUGGCCAACUCGUUUCGAGCUCUUCUGCGCCAAGCGGUGUGGAAUUCUCCGUGGGAUUUGCCGGGGCGUUCACGACACGGUGUGCCGCCCGCCUGUUUGGGUCUGGUGCUGAUGGGGCGCUUGCUACUGGCGGACAGGCGGAAUCCGCGGAGAAGAGCAGCGGGGGGGAGUUCGCCGAGGAGGGGCGGGACCUGCUGCUGCGCGUGCGCCGGCGGUGGAAGCGCGAGCAGCUGGCAUCGUCCUCGGACGGGCUGGCCUCAAAGCUGGUGGAACUGAGGCGAGCACUGUCAGGAUGGAGAAGGGAAGGCAGGCUUGAAAGGAGGUCUCAGCGUGCAUUGGAG